UGCAGAAGAAGAGCUUCUCCUCAGUUCGUACCUGCCGGCUCCACCUGUGCGUUUCAGCCUUUACUCCCCCCGUGAAGAUGUCGGAGGACCUGCGCGCAGAGCUGGAGAAACAUCUGCAGGCUUUAAACAUCCAGACGAGCUGCGUGGAGCACCCGCCGGUGUUCACGGUGGAGGAGAUGAUGCCUCACCUGCAGGACGUGAAGGGUGCCGUCACUAAAAACCUCUUCCUGAAGGACAAGAAGAAGAAGGGCUUGUGGCUGGUGUCGGCUCGCCACGACCGCCAGGUGAACCUCAACGACCUCGCCAAGAAGCUCGGUGUCGGCAGCGGAAACCUGCGCUUUGCCGAUGAGGCGGCCAUGCUGGAGAAGCUGAAGGUGGGUCAGGGCUGCGCGACCGCACUCGCUCUGCUCUUCGAUGAGGAUCGGAGCGUGAAGUUCGUCUUGGACCGGGACCUGGUGGAAGGAGGCCACGAGAUGGUCUUCUUCCACCCGAUGACCAACGCCGCCACCAUGGGGCGCAGCCCGGACGACCUGCUGCGCUUCCUGAAGGACACGGGUCACGAACCCAUCCUGGAGAGCUUCGAGUAGGACCGAGACCCGGAUCUGGUUUCGGUCCCGAAGGCGAGCGGCCCGCGGGGGUCGUGAUAGGAACUCGUCUCGUGUCAGCUGCAGAGGUCCUUCAGAGGAUUAAGAUCUGCUUUUACAUGUAAAAAUGAACUUUUUUAAACAUGGUGUGGUGGGAUGAGGGUCUGAAGGCUGAACAUUUAAAUGAUUUAAAAAGUCUUUCUAAUCAGCAGCCUUUCAUAUUCUGCAUGUUUCUGCAUCGUUUGAUGAAAUCAGCUCCACUUUGGCUCCAUGUUUUCCUGCUGGGUGUAACUGACAGCUGAGUCUGUGUGUUGAGGGAAGUCCCACAAAUGAACUCGGUGUGCUUGAACCUCCUGCUGUUGUUUUAUUGUCCUGCACAUGGAAAGAACUACAAUAAAGAGCUGGAUCAUCUGUUUGGCCUUCACCAAGUAAAUGUGCUGCUGCUUGUACAGCAGCAAGUCUCACACACACACACAGAGAUGCAUCGAGCUAAGGAUCGAACCACCGACCUAACUGGUAGACCCGCUCCACCACCUGAGCCGCAGCAUGCCGAAAAGUUAAGUUCUGAUCUUUUAAUCUGAAAAGCAGAGACGGCCUGAGAGCUGAAGCUCUGUUUGCUGUUCUGCUUUACUACCAACCACGAGUAAGUCUGAGAGCGAGGAGCUCGCACAGAUUCAUGCUUUCACACCACAAACGGUGAAGGACGCACAGCAGAGCCCUCAUCCUCUGAACCAGGAGGACGGGCCUCUGUGUGCACAAGACAGGAAUCCAAAAAUGCACAUGAAGCUAAUCAGGAGCAAAAAUAUGGACUAAAAUAGUUUUUAUUUAUGUGCUCUGAGAAAAUAUGAAAAUGGAGCGAUUAUCAUGUGAAAAUCUAAAUAUGUGCACACAGCUGAGACUCAUCAGUCACGAAGUUUCCUGUCCUAAACCCGCCCUGCUUCCUGCUCCUUUCUCACUUUAAUGGCACCAUCAUCUCCAAAAUGAGCAUCAGGCCUGAGAGCAGCGCCUGAGACUCAUCAGGAGAGUUUGUGUCAGGAGGCGCCCCCUGCUGGGCUUUAGAAAGACUGCAGACUUUAUCUGAGACAGAGCACGCAGAACAAAACAGAAUCACUCAUAUUUAUCUGACCGUGUUGUUAUUAAAAGUAAAACUGGUGAUUUUGAUUUAUAUGUUGCACGUCUGUAGUUUAAACAUGCAGGGAAGAAAUUCCCAAUGAAACACCCUUCAGCUGGAUUUAUUUGGGAAUGUGAGCCAUGACAGCAGCUAAAAGUCUGGAUAUAAUGACCCCGCUGCACAAACAUCAGUCUUUUCUUUCCUAAUUACUGCAGUUUAACAGGUUCAAGUGUGUGAAUGUGAUGAUAUUAGAAGUACGAGCAGCUGCAGAGCA